CGGUAGGAUCAUGAAGGAAUGGACUGCUGAGUAGAACCUUUCGUCCUAUCGCUUCUUAUAACAGGGGGAUUGAAGCUGAAGGCGGUUAAUCAAAAUGCCUGAGGAGAUGGCAGAUGGAGGGAGGAAGCUUGUAAAGCUCGACGACCUCAUCGAUGCCCUGGAUAAGUGCGAGAAGGCGUCGAGCAAUGUCCCGAAGGUUGAUACUUUCCACUUCAAGGGAGAACGAGUGUCCGACUGGCUGGACCUGACGGAGCAAGCACUGGUGGGCCUGUCGGACGAGGUCAAACUCCAGCGAGUCCUAAGAUAUGUCCUUCAUGGCCACCAUCAGGAAGUGGGCAAGGUCGUGGAUGCCGCUAAUGGUAGUUGGGCGAGGUUCAGGGACAUGAUGCAGAGAAAGUACAGGUUGGGGGAUGGGUUGCUGACCAUGGCGGAUUUGGAAGCCAUGAGCAAGGAUGACUUUUCCACGAUUGGGGCGUUUGUGCACGAGUUUAAAAGGAAGGCGCGGAAGGUGCACGGGAUCUCCGAAGAAACCCAGUGUGCUAUAUUUUUGGGUCUGCUUACUGGCUCGGAGGCUUCGGAGCUGACGGGUCACGGAGGGGGAAAUGAAAAACUCACCAGGGCCAUUAUCGAUAAAGGGGUGGAAGAGGGGAGCCUGGACCAGGUGGAACAACACCAGGUGCGGCUGCAAAGGCGCAAGAGAAAGGAAAGGGACGCCACCGCGUCCGGGACCCCAGGGGUGAAGAGGAUCGUCACGGACGUAUUGGCAGCGUUGGGGUAUGAUAAUGAGGCGGAAGUGCAAAAGAGGGGAGUGACCGUGGCCCAAGGCCGGCCGUCGGGGGCAGUGGAAGAGGAGGCUAGGCGGGAGGACUAUGGCGGAGAAGAGACGAGAUCCGAGAUCCUAACCAAGGCCCAGAGGAAGCAGCGAAAUUUACAGGCGCUCAGUCAGGCACCCCCUCGAAAGGAACCGGAGCCUGGACGUAGGAAGGAGGUGGUGGAGGUUCCGGAGGAAGAGGAAGAGGAUGACGAGGAAGAGGAUGAGAAGCUCCGACAAGAGGAGGAUCAGCGGGCGGAGAUGAGGACCAAAAAGAGGGGGGCCCAGGAGGAGGCCGAACCAAGCCUGCCCGACAGCGUGCCUAAGAGGAAGAAGUACGAGGUCCGGAUGGAGGAAGGCUUUGAUGUGGAGCGGAUGGUGGACAAACUCCUGGAAGGCCAUAAUGACUUGAUGAACCUAAAAGACAUCCUGGCGUCGGCGCCAAGGCUCCGUGGUGAGUUGAAGGGACGACUGUCGCGAAGGCUGGUGCCAAAUGUCCAUCUGAGUACGGUCCUGCCUAGAGAGGUGGAGUGGACUGAGGCAGGGACAAGGAUGGAUUGGAAAUGUGUGGCGUGCGGGCAGGUGGAUUUGGUGAUAAGGAACCAGAACUGUACUGGGAUGGUGGACACAGGUGCAGAGAUGAACAUCAUCAGGGAGAAGGAGGCGGUGAAGAUAGGCAUGGAGAUCGACCGCUCGGACCAUGGCAUGCUGCAUGGUGCUAACUGCAAGGCCGCCUUUUGCGGCACAUCGACGGAAAUGUUGAUCUUCAAUAAGCACGACGGAACAAUGAUCCUGCUCUUGUGCGAGCCGGCGUGUGGGAAUUAUGAAGUUAUCACCUGCCGGAACACAGGGCCGGGGAGCGGGAGGAAUAGGCCCAAUCUAGGCUCGUUCACCUUUGAGGAAUCAGAGAACGAGCGGAGACGGCUUUGGGAAGUGCUCGAGGAAGAAGAUAGGGCUGAGGUGCUGACAUUGAGCCUCAUGGAUGUGAAUAAGGCCAUGGAGGUGGUAUCGGCUCACGACAUGGCGGAUCCGGAGGCCAUUAAGGCAUUGAGGGAACAGGUUUUGGAGAACCCUCAGCAUGCGUUGGCCGGGCCGUGCCGUAUCAACGACGAGAAUAAGGGAAAGCUGAUAAUCGGGGAACCCGACUUCCUGUCGCCCCAGGAAAGAGCGUUGAUGGUGGGGCUGAUGAAGAAAAGGCACCGCGCGUAUGCAUUCGAUGACGAUGAGCGUGGAAGGCUGGAUGUGGACAAGAUUCCGAUGAUACGAAUCGACACCGUUCCGCACGAGCCAUGGAAUUUAAGGGGUGUGCGAUACCCAAAUCCGUAUGAGGAGAAGAAGGUGUUGGACUACCUGGACAACAAGAUGCGGACGCACGUGGCCGACUAUUCCGGUGGACCAUAUGCGUCACCUUGGUUUUGUUUUAUCAAACCAAAUGGGACGCUAAGACAGGCCUGUAACGGCAAUGCUUCCAGAGGGCUGAUUCAUAUGAACAUGGCGCCUCAAGGGUGGACGAAUGCAGUGGCGAUGGUGCAAAGGCAUAUGAUCAGAGCCAUGCAGACGGUCAGUCCACAUAUCACUCAGCCCUAUAUUGAUGACCUGGCGGUCAAAGGUCCGAAGGAGAAGGAGGAAGACGAACUGAUGCCCGGUGUGCGACGCUUUGUCUGGAAGCAUGUCCAAGACAUCGAUCAGGUUCUGGGGUUAUUGGAGGAACAUAACCUGACGGCGAGCGGCCCCGAGUCGAAACAUUGUAUGAGGGAGGCCCUGAUUCAAGGGUUCGUCUGCAAUGAGAGUGGGCGGAGGCCUGACGUACAGAAGACAGAUAAGAUUCUUGAGUGGCCAGUGCCCUUCCGCUCGAUAACGGAUGUGAGGAGCUUCCUUGGGACAUGCGGAUUUUGGAGGAGCUUCGUGAAGGACUUUGCCACGAAGACGGAACAUCUAAGGAAGUUGGUGCGCCAGGAUCAAGAAUGGGUCUGGGGUGAAGACAAGGAAAAGGUGGUCGGUAGGAUGAAGGGAGAGUUUAAGGAAGGGGGCUUGGUAUUGGGAGCGCCAAAUUAUGAGGCCACGGAGGAAAGACCAUUCGUCAUUGAGACGGACGCUGGGCCAACUGCCUUGGGAGGAGUCCUGAUUCAGGCAGAUACUGAGGAGAAGGAGAGGCCGCUAAGAUUUGAAAGUCGUACCCUCAAUACAACUGAGAGGAACUACUCUCAAUUCAAGAAGGAGACGCUGGCGGUACUUUAUUGCCUAAGGACCUUCCAGAAUUAUGUUUUUGGCAGGAGGCUCAUCUUGAGGGUAGACCCGACUGCACUGGCAUGUUCCCUGAAGAAUUAUACUCCAUCUGACCCAACCGUCGCAAGAUGGUUGACCUACAUUUGGAUGUUUAAUUUCGAGUUGGAAAGGAUCCCAGGGAACAAAAACAGGGCAGAUGGGUUAAGCCGCAUCAACUGGGACGGAUCAAACGAGGAAUCGAUAGAAGACACGCCGCCAGUUGAUGGGUUUUUGGAUCAAGAGGAGGACGUCCGCCUGCACAUAAACAAGUGGUCCUUGCGAGUGCCCAAUUGCGUCAGUGACCCCAUAUGGCUGGCGCCGAAGGGGUACGAGCAGAAGGAAGAGUUAGUCCUCAAGCCCUUUCAGGAGGAGGAUCUGUGGGGGAGUAAGGAUGUUGGUUGGAUGAUGAAGUUGGCAUUGGCAGGUACGCAAAGUCUGGUGGAGGAAGUGAGGACAAUAGAGGAAGGCCCCACUAAGGUAGAGGAGCAUGAGCAGCCAAUGGGAGGGAUGUACCUUCUCACCAAUACGCUCCUGCAGGGAGACUUCGACCGGAAGGGCUCGUUCAGUCACGAGGAGAAUGAGAUUCUGCUUCUUGAAAGCCGAGACGACGAAUUCGAGGAAGGAGAAAUCAAGGAGGAGUUUCAGGCGGAGGAGUACGAUGGGAUCUACCGGGAAUUGGGGUUGCUCCUAUCAUGUGAGAUGAGGGAUAAAGAUGCAAGUGCCAAGGCACAGAAGAUGAGGCACCUCUAUGUGACGGGCGGGAGGGGCGCGCGGCCACGACAGAGGCCUCAGGGAUCAUCAGGAGGGGAUGACUCGCGCAGACCGGUUGGGAGGGAGUCUACGCCUAUUUUCGACGACGGUAACAUAGAGCUUUUUCUGGAUUCCUACCAGGCACAUGCGACACGGGAGGGCUGGUCUACCUUGGAGAGGAUACGACACCUGAGAGGAGUUGGGCGCUUCGAGGAGCCUAUUGCGCACAUUCGAGAGGAGGCGUUGACAUGGCAAGAUGUGGAGGCGAGGAUGCAGAUGCUGAGGGUUUCGUCGAUGGGACCGGAUGGAUUGCCUAUCCGAUUGGAGGAAGGCAAUGCGGAGGAGUUCAUCCCGGCCUAUGAGCAGUAUAUGCCGGAGGGCGCCCAGGCGGUGGAAUCAGUUCAGGCCGCGGGGACAGCUCAGGCGGCGGAGCUACCCCCUACCUAUGGACUCGAGCAGGUGGAGUUUCGCCGAAUCACGGGCAGUGAUCUACGGGGCCCUUCGCCGACGUUACCAGAGGGGGGAGAGGCGGUGCCGUUGAGGACGCUGCUCGACAGAUUGGAGGCUCAUCUCGAUGCGUCCCUGUGGGGGGCGUCACAGCUGGGAGCGGACCAGAGCGGACCGGCACGGUAUGAGCCAGUAGAGGAUAAGCCAGAGGAGGAGCCACCUGAGCCGAGGCCUGAGGCGGGGUCUCGCGAACCCAAGGAGCCGCAGACUGAGGGGGUUAUCACUGUUGGGGAUGAUACCCCUCCUCCUACCCCGAUUCCUAAACAGGCGCGGCAGUAUUGGCCUGAAGGAAUUCCUGAGCCGGACAACGAGGAGAUGGCGAGGACACCUACUACUGUGGCGCCGCAACUAAUUGAGUCUACAGGUGCACGCAUGGAUGUGGAGGUGUCGGCAUCCGGGGAGCCUCCGCCAGGUCCGCCACCCACAGAGGAGGGGACAAGCGAGAGAGAUCCACUGCGAGAGGGUCACGAGGCGAGGACAGGGAAGCCACCGGGGGAGACGAGAGAAGAGAAGUGCGCGAGGGUGCAGGUACGCCUCGAAGAGCUAUACCAGAAAAAGCUUAGGAUGGAGGCCGCAGGAGAAGCGCCAAAGCCGCCAAUUGACCCUCCGACGAGCGAGCAGAGGAUUAGCGAGGCUUGGGCCAGCUAUGAGAGCGAGAGGGAUGCGGCUCGCCUGAGGUCGCGAGAGGUAGGACAGGGGAGUGCAAGAUUGGAYGAGGCACGAGAGRCAGAGGACUUGGGAUUUUCAGCYGCCARGAUGGAGAUUGAGCGUGCAGAUAGGAGGAUAGUUGUCCAAGAGAGGGCAGAGAAUCAAGCAUGGAGGUCCUGUAUGGAAGUUAAGGAAGCGGAAUGGGAGAAGAGGCUCCAGGACAUGGCGGCGAUGGUGGAGAGGCUCUCAGCCACUAAGGUGGUCGACUGGACGGAGCAAAGCCGGUAUGGUAUCCAGGGGGAGGAGGUACAGGGGCUCUUUGCCCAGGAAGGAACGACAGAGACGCCACAGCAAGAGGGAAUGGGGAAGGUGUUCCUGGACCCGACAGAGGCGGCAGCAAAGCGGGAGGCCGAGGAGAGGAGGUUCAGCUUCAGGACUCCCACGGAGUUGGCCUCGCGACGGGCCACCCCUAUGACGAUUGAGGGUCUUGAGGACGAGCCGGCGCAGAGAACCCAACCUCCAGUGGCGGAGGGGGGCCCCACAGAGGAGUCCCCUACGAUCCUUUUGGAGGUGCAGGAGGGUGCCCUUACGGGAGCAGCAACAUCCACUGAGCCAAAGGCAAUGGAGGGAGAGGCGCCUCGACUGGAUGAGUUAGUGGCAACCAUGGAGUUGGACAUCCCGUCAGGAGAGCCUCAGAGACAGAAUACCCCAGAGCGUGUGCCAGAGAUAGGGGAGCUGAGGACGCAUUUAGGCUCUUGGGCUACUGGAGCUGACUCUGGAGAGCACAUCUAAGAGCAGCAACAGGAAGUUAUGAGCGAGCCAGCGACUACCGUGAUUCCCCAACCUUCUGACCUGCAUAGGGACGA